CACCUCCUUGAACUUCACUGGAACCAGUGUUGGGUAAAUGCAGCUGUUAUGUAACUCAGAUCAGCACAACCACACAAACUCAGCAGUCAGAUCAGCUGCAGGUUUUACUGAAAUGGCUCUAACUAAAGUCCUGAUCGUCAGUUUGUGUGUUCUUUAUGUGGCUGUCAAAUGGACUUCUCCCACUUUUGAUCCAGAGACGCUCAGAGGCGCCAGAGUUCUGGUGACGGGGGCCAGCACCGGCAUCGGGGAGCAGAUGGCCUAUCACUACGCUCGCUUCGGAGCCCAGAUCGUCAUCACAGCGCGGAGGGAGAAGGUCCUGCAGCAGGUGGUGGAGGAGUGUCUCCGUCUGGGGGCUCAGAAAGCGGUUUCCAUAGCAGCAGACAUGAGCACGGACUCAGACCCGGACAGGGUGGUGGAUUCUGCUCUGGAGACCCUGGGAGGUCUGGACUUCCUGGUUCUGAACCACAUCGGCUCCAUCGACCUCAAGAUGUGGGAUGGAGAUCAUAAAGAGGUCCAGCAGCUCAUGAAGAUCAACUUCCACAGCUACGUCCAGAUGGCUGGGAGAGCUCUGCCCUUCCUGGAGCAGACCAGAGGAGCUUUGGUGGUCGUCUCUUCUUUAUGCGGUAGACUCAGCACUCCCUACGUGGCUCCGUACACUUCGACCAAGUUUGCCCUGAACGGGUUCUUCGGGUCUCUGCAUCACGAGCUGGCCAUGAAGAAGAGCAACGUGUCCAUCUCCAUCUGCACGCUGGGGCUCAUCGACACGGCGUCCGCCAUGGAGAAAGUCAGAGAGUUCUCGGACAUGCCGGCGUACCCCGCAGCAGACGCCGCGCUGAACAUCAUCAUCACCGGAGCCACGAGGCAGAGGGAGCUUUUCUACCCCUGGUUCACGCAGCUCAUGGCUCUCACCAAAGACUGGUCUCCAUCUCUGUCAGAUUACAUCAUCCAGAAGUUCUACAAGACCUCAUAACUGCACGGAGAACGUGGACAGACCUGCAUGUUCCUCAGAUUCAGGACGUUCCUCCAAAGUGAGGUCCUCCUGUGUGGCUCCUCCAUGAACUCAUUCGUCUGUUUCUCUUUAGACCAUCUGAACGUUAAAACUACAUCCUUUUGUAACUGCUGGAUGGUUUUAGUUCCUAAAGAAAUGUUGGGGAUGUUUUCAUGUUUCUCCUGCUGUUGCAGACAGAGUCCACAUGGGGGCAGCAGAGUCAAAGCUGAAGCCCCCGAUCUGAAAUAAAGAUCCAAACUGAUCCAC